AUGCACACUCCGGCCUUGAAGGUGGCAGUAGCGGGAACCGGAGGACUAGCCCAACACAUAGCCCAAGCAGCAUUACUACGCGGCCACGAUGUUCUCCUUCUCUCGCGGAAUCUUCAGGAGCACCCUGAAAUCCACCAACUUCCCGUCAUCCGCGUUGACUACGCCUUGCCAGACUCCCUUUCUACCGCCCUGAAAGGGAUGGAUACCCUGAUAUCCACCGUCACCAACACCUCCGCCCAGCUAGCUCUCAUCGACGCCUGCCUAACAGCCCGUGUCCGCCGCUUCGCCCCCGCAGAAUUCGAAGGCCUCCUGGAGUGCCGCCCGCUAGCCUGCCCCCCGAGCCGCAACCGCUUCGACGUCCUCGCGCGGCUGCGCGAGGAGAAGCACCGGCUAGACUCGACGGUAUUCGUAUGCGGAUUGUUGAUGGAGCGGUUCUCGCCUGGGGGACUGGUAGGCAGCGGCAUCUGUAGUCCCCGAGGGCACCUGAAGGGGGAGGGGGAGCUGUUGCUGGAUUUCCGCGCGGCCAGAGCGUGGAUUCCGGCCGGCGAGACGAGGGCGUGUUUUGUCGCUGCGAGGGAUCUGGCUGCGUUUGUGGUCGCCGCCCUGGAGGCGAGGGAGUGGCCCGAGCAGUGGAGGUGUUGCGGUGAGCGGCUGACGAUGGAGGAACUUGUCAGAAUCGCGGAGGAAGUCCGUGGUCGUCAGUUUGAAAUCACGGAAACGAUGUGGGAAGACCUCAACGAUCUCCACUUCGAGAAGGAAGAGAAAGGAGAGUGGGGCCAGGCGUGCAAGGUCGACAUGCUCCUGGCUAUCGAGCGUGGAGAGUUUGAUUUUGCGCCGGCGGAGAUGGAGGUUCCUGGGUGCUGGAGGCCGAUGGGCUUGAAGGAAUGGCUAGAAGAAGGGUGGAGGAAUGUGGAUCUUGGGGAUGCGGCGCUCGAAUCGCAGCUAGAAAAACUCGACGCGACCACUCUACGCGCAACAUUGUUGAGUAUAGCGUACCCGAAGGCCGCGAAGAAGCUGGAGCACUGCAUCUAUUGCCAUGUGACCUUCGAUGCCAACGGGCCGGAUGCCGAAAUGUGCAGGGUGAAGCACUUUGGCGAGCCGUCGCGUGGAACGUUCACGUGUUGUGGGACGACGUACGAGGAGGAGGAAUAUGGGGAAGAAGAGUGGAUGGAGCCGGUAGAGGAACGCAUGCCGUACUGCUUUGAGGGACCGCACAGAACUGUCCCGUGGGAAAAGGGAGAUAUGCGUGUGCUGGAUGAUGAUGAGUAUUACUAUAAGGAGGAUGGUGAGGUGUUUGAGGAUGAUGGCAGGAAGAGGUGGUGGGAAGAGCUGGUGAAAGAUGUCAAUUUCCAGAAGUUGAGAUGUGGAGAGAAGAUUUCGUAG